UCCAUUUCAACGCUUCCCCUCAAUUGCCAGCCUUUAUAUAUAUGCAUCAACCUCUCCAGUCGCGUCCGCCCGACUUCAUUCUAGGGUUUUCUUUUACUUCUCCAGUUCAUCUCCGACGAUCCUUGAAUGGCGGGAGUCCGGUGGCCACCAGAGGACUCCGAUCUGAACCCGCCGCGGCCGGCGGCUGCGACCGCCGCUGCCGCCGCAGCCGAGCAGAUGAUAUCUGACGACGACCGCUCAGUGGCGGCCGACUCGUGGUCCAUCAAGAGCGAGUACGGAAGCACUCUGGAUGACGAACAGCGCCACGCUGAUGCCGUAGACAUGCUCUCCGGUUGCAAUUUCCCCGCCGCCUCCGAUUACAGUUCUGAUAAGGAUGGGCCUGACUCAAAUGAGGUUGAGGCAUCAUUACUGGGGUUACAAAGCUAUUGGGAUGCUUCUUACGCCGAGGAUCUUGCCAAUUUUCAUGAACAUGGCCAAGCUGGUGAAAUUUGGUUUGGAAUUGAAGUGAUGGAUACUGUUGCAACUUGGACCAAAACUUUGUGUGCAAACAUUUCUCAGCCACAUAAAUCAGAAGGCAGUAGCAACUCUGGACCUGAUCCUGAUAGCAUCUCUAAAGAUCUGUCUAGCUGGGGUGUACUUGAUAUUGGAACUGGGAAUGGCUUGCUGCUUCAAGAGUUAGCGAAACAAGGGUUCUCUGAUUUAACUGGAACAGAUUAUAGCGAAGGAGCAAUUGUUCUUGCACAAAAGAUUGCCACUCGAAAUGGUUUUCCUAAUAUAAAUUUUAUGGUUGAUGAUGUUUUGGAGACAAAACUGAACAGAAAAUUCCAUCUUGUAAUGGACAAAGGAACAUUCGAUGCCAUUGGAUUGCACCCUGAUGGCCGAAUGAAAAGGCUAAUGUAUUGGGAAUCAGUAUCAAACUUGGUUGCAUCUGGUGGUAUCCUGGUGAUUACCUCCUGUAAUAGCACAAAAGACGAGCUGUUGCAAGAAGUGGAAAACUUCAAUCACAAAAUGCUUGAUAUACAGGAUCUGGACCAGGACCAGGAAGGAAGUGAUGAGAAUGUGGUUUUCCAGUACCUUGAUCAUGUUCGAACCUAUCCAACUAUCUUGUUUGGUGGCAUCGAAGGAUCUCGUGUUUGCACCGUUGCGUUUCAGCGCCUCUGAAUCACCAUGUGUUUGGUUUCUUAAACCCAUACAACUAAAGAAAGGGUGAUAUUGAUUGCACUAGAGCAAGUGGUUUUCUUCUAAUUGGUCGUGUAAACUUAUUCCUAUUUAAUGAGUUACCAUAGUUUAUCUUCUA